UUUUCACCAUGUUUUGGUUGUUGUUAUCAGUUCUCAGUUCCGUUACAGAAGGGGACGUGCAUUAUGUCCCUAAACUUAUGAUUGCAGAUGGCCAGAACCCCAUGGAUGGCAGUGUUGUACGGAUUAUCAUAAUGAAAAUGGAGGAGUGCGGAGAGCCCGAAGACACUGUUUUCUGCAGCAACAGAGAAUUGAGUGACGUGAGAACUACUGCUGCUGUUAUUUGUAGAUCUAUCAUGGACGCUUACUACACUACAGGAGAUGCGGUGAGAAAAGACAUGACAUCGGAAGGAGAAGAGAUAGUGGAGACUAUAGGAUACGACUUUAAAUGCGAGGGUAAAGAGAACAACCUGGACCAGUGCGAGGGGGAGAGGGUGGUGUGCCAUGACAGAGUUGUAGUGAAGUGCUCAGAUCCUGGUCUUAGUGGUAUUUGUAAGUCAUCCUGUGGGUGCAUGGCUCCCUCUCUACUCUCUAAAGUUAUUGGAGGACAAGAUGCAUCGCCCGGAGAGUUUCCUUGGCAAGUCACAUUAACGACGAAGUCGAAAAGUAAAUUUUUCAAUUGCGGAGGAACGAUUAUUGACUCAGAGCAUAUCUUAACAGCAGCCCACUGUUUACAUUAUCCAAGUUGGCCGAAUGUGCCUUGUAAAGCACAAAAGAGUAGUCCGGAUGAUAAAUGGAAACAGUGCUAUUGGCUAACAGAAAUAGAGGUUUAUUAUGGCUCACACGAGUUUUACACAAGAAUUGACGAUCCUCAAACAGCUUCUGUAGAAUAUAUCUACAUCCACAAGGACUAUGUUAGAGGAAACACAGCAUUGCGCCAUGACAUUGCUAUCUUAAAACUGGAUACACCGCUGGUUCUUAAUCCUUACGUACAUCCUGCCUGCCUACCACGGGCAGACUUCCAACUUCCACCAAACCGAAAUGUGACGGUGAGCGGGUUUGGAGACACAACAAAAAGCGGUGGGGUUAUCCCGAGUGUUUUACAGAAAGCGAGUUUGAAUUGGCUGCCUAUAGAACUGUGUGGACCUAUUAUGUUUGGGUUCCUCUUUAACGAACAUUUGUGCGCAGGAGAUACAACGGGUAGUGUUGACGCGUGUAGGGGUGAUAGCGGGGGACCACUUGUAUACAAGGACGAUCAAGGUAUUUCGACGGUGAUGGGAAUUGUUAGUUUUAGCUACGGGUGUGCUCAGCUAAACCUGUAUGGUGUGUAUACUAACGUACAGUUAGAAAGAGAUUUUAUUGACAGUGUUCGGACACAAACACUGGAUCCAAACACUAUCACACUGUUUUGUAAAACGAAGAACGGCAAAUGUAAGAGUGUAAAGACAUAGACUGUCUAGAGCGUUCAUCUUGAUUACUAGAUUUAGUAGUGGACUAUGAGAAUACGUUUUAUUGGCUUUACCAUUCACAUUUGAAGUGGAGUAAAAUUGUUGAGGAAUGAGUAAUAACUUCACUCCUGUUCUCUGUUAACAAUUAACAUUAACCACUGCAACCAUUACUCUAACGUUCAGGGGCCUAUGAGCAUUUAAAAAAUAAUCUUACCUUGUAUACACCACUCAGUUUAUAGGUCUGUCCUGUUUGUCGUCUUAUCUGAAACAA